CGGUGCGAAAGUGUGUUUUUCGAUUUUUCCUCCGCGAAAUGAAUCGUAAUUUAUAAAAUUAUUUCAUACUGUGCAGCAGAUUUAUACUACUCCUACUCUAAGUAGAAUAAAUGUGAUAAGUUUCGGACCGUUUAUAAAUAUUACUUACUUCUUUCACGUGUAAAUAUGUAACUUUGCAGCUCUGUUUACUAAUUGUCUUUUAAGCUUUUUAUCCUAAAAGCACGAUGGUUUUCGAAUCUAUCGUUGUAGACGUGCUGAACAGAUUCCUGGGAGAUUAUGUGGAAAAUUUGAAUAGGUCACAACUUAAACUUGGAAUAUGGGGAGGCGACGUCGUGCUGGAAAAUCUUAUUCUGAAACAGAAUGCUUUGGAGGAGCUCAAUAUUCCAGUUCAGACUGUAUAUGGCCACUUAGGCAAACUAGUCCUUAAAAUACCCUGGAAGAACUUAUAUGGUGCGUCAGUUGAGGCGACUAUAGAAAGGCUAUUUCUAAUCGUCAACCCAUCAGCUGAAGUCAAAUAUGAUCCAGAAAAGGAGGAGAAGAUGGCUCUGGCGGCCAAGCAGUCUGAACUGGCCAGGGUGGAAGAAGCUAAGAAGAAGGAAGCAGAAAAAGACAACAAACUAGACGAGACAUUCGUCGAGAAGCUUGUGACUCAGAUCAUCAAAAAUGUCCAACUCAAAAUAACGGACAUACACAUCAGAUAUGAGGACAGUAUCACCAACCCCAAAGCGCCAUUCUCUCUUGGAAUCACCCUGCACAACCUCUCCGUACAUACCACAGAUGAGAACUGGAAGCAAACUGUCAUACAAGAGGCGGUCACGAAGAUUUUCAAAAUAUGUGACUUAGAAGGUCUUGCAGUGUAUUGGAAUCCCACAACGGACCUUUAUUCUAAGAUAGAAUCCCAAGAUAUUAAGAGUAAAUUACAAAACGAAAUUGCAACGAAAUCGUCAAAACCGGACUCAUAUUUGUAUGUGCUGGGUCCAAUUAACGCCACUGCCAAGUUAAAACUAAAUCCGAAACCUGAAGGUGACACUCCAAAGUUUUCGGUGCCCAAGGUCAUACUGAGUCUGCACAUGGAACAGCUCUCAGUUAAUCUGACCAAGAGUCAGUACCAGGAUAUGAUGCUGCUAGCUGACUCUAUGGACAGGAUGAGCAAAGGUGCUCCGUAUAGAAAAUACCGCCCAAACCUAACCAAAUACAGAGGGCACUAUAAGGAAUGGUGGAAGUUCGCUUAUACUAGCGUCUUAGAGGAGGAAGUGAAGAGACGUCGACGAAAUUGGGACUGGACUCAUAUGUUGUCACACAGGAAACUGUGUAAGGACUACGCUAAUGCCUACCAGUGUAAGCUCACUAGUAAGGGCAAGGUGUCCAACGAGCAAAAGUGCUUGCUCGAUGAGGCUGAGAAGAAACUGGAUUUACUUAACCUGGUCGUUAUUAGACAGAAAAUUGAGUUGGAGGUGGAGCGUCUAGGCAAGUUGGAGCAGGAGGCGCAGAAGUCGCGCGGCUGGUUCAGCGGCUGGUGGUACGGUGGCACCAACAAGGACGAUGACAUUUCCGAAGGCGUCGCUAUCAUGAAACAAUUCGAGAAGGCCAUGACACCUGAGGAGAAGGAGAAACUGUUCCGCGCUAUCGACUACCAGGAGAACACCGCGCCGCUCCACCUGCCGGCCGGCUACGUGGCCGUCGAGUCCCACUUCCGCCUGGACCGUCUGCAGCUGGCCGUCAGCGACGCGGCCCAGGUGUUACGUGCUGCUGUGGACUGCGUGCAGCUCGACAUGCGCCAGCGGCCCGGUGCCAACGCGCUCCGAGUGGACGUAUCAAUGCAAGCAUUUACAGUAAGCGGCGUGCAGCAGGGCGACUACGAGCCACAACUGGUCACGUCCAAAGAAGUCACUAAAGACGUCAAUCUUCUUAACGUCGUGUUCGAAACUAAUCCUUUAGAUGGUUCCUGCGAUCAACGAGUAAAAGUAUUGGCGCGGCCGCUACAGAUCACAUACGACGCACAAACUGUCAUAGAGAUAGUCAAUGUGUUUAAACCGCCGUCAGAAUCAACAGCGCUUACCACGCUACAAGCGGCUGCUGAAAAUAAACUGUCAGACUUGAAGGAAAAGUCAGCGUUGGGCAUGCAGUAUGCGGUGCAUCAACACACGUUUAUCGACCUGGAUAUCGAUAUAGCUGCAUCAUAUAUCAUUAUACCACAGACCGGCAUUUAUAGAGGUUCGGAGGCAUGCGCGGUGGUGCAACUCGGUGCGGUGUCGGUGCGGUCGGCGCCGCGCGCGCCCGCGCCCGACGUGCAGUCGCUGCACCGCGACGGCCUCAGCGACGCCGACAUCCUGCGACACCUCGCCGACAGCAGCUACGACCGGAUUACGCUCACACUGACAGAGAUGCAGAUCGUAGUUGCGUCGCCCAACGAGGAUUGGCAGUCGUCGAUCGCGUCGAACUCGGCCACGCCCCUCCAUCUACUUCAGCCCACUAACCUCGUAAUACAGAUACACAAGUGCCUCAUAACUGAUGACCCCAGGCUGCCCAAGGUGAAGGUCAGAGGUGAAUUGGAGAAGAUAGCGGUCAGCGUGUCUGAGGAGAGAUUAUUAACCUUAUGUGAAAUACUAGUCAGCAUGCCACUACCGAAAUCAGAAGAAAGCGUGCCAUUGAAGGCGAGUGACUCCAGAGCGUCGAGUCUUUCUCUCUUGAAAUAUUUGGACCCGGCAGAGAAGCAAAAGCGUGACACAGCCAGAUCGAAACAACGGAAAGACGAGGAGCAUUCCGUACAACUCACAGAAUUGGAGGCAUUCUUCAUUAUGAAAGAGUUCGAAUUAAGCGUUAAUCGGAAAGCCCUGGAUGAAGAAUACGACAAGUUUCUAGUAUUCUCUCUCAAGCUAUUAGAACUAACGGCGACACAGCGUACCUUCACACUGGAGGCGAAUGUUCGACUCGGCGCCGUCAACAUGCAGCAUCAUAGACUGGGCCACGACACUAUACAGAUGAUAGACACGCCCGAUGUAGAUACAGAUGCGAUAAUGGAAGCUGGAAAUGAUCAGUACUUGUUCGCUGUUACGUAUAGAAAUGUUGACAAGAAAUGUCCAGAGUUCCGCAGUCGUUACGGUAGUGUGGAGCAGCUCAUCGAGUUGGACUUCACGACGCUGAGAGUCCUGUUACAUCUCCAGGGCUUGCAGGAAAUUUUAGUUGUUGUCAACAAUUACCAGACUCGACUACAAUCUAUAACAAGCACAGUAGACAGAAUCGCCAACGCUGGUCCGUUGGAAACGAUUGCUGAAGAUGAAGAAUUUACUAUUGGAAAACCAAAAGCGAGCGUCACGCGUGCGUCGCGACGCAAGCAGGUGGAGAGCAUACAGCUACGAGUGUGUGCGGAGGUUCGCGCAAUACAGAUAGGCUUCGCGACGGACGCGCGCCCGCUCGCCACUGUCGCGUUGACGGGCGCGCGCGCGGCGCUAUUGCUGAAGGCGUCGUAUACGCAACUGGAUUGCAGCGUCGGGAAUAUACGGGUCGAUGAUCUCAAUCCGGCCACUAUGCAUAAAGAGAUACUCAAAGUGCUAGGCGGCGACGUGAUCAACGUCCAAAUAGUCGUGUACAACACUGAGCAGUGCGCUAGCGAGGUGGACAUGUCGGUCGACGCACAGAUCAACUGUCUACGGAUUGUGUUUCUCAAUUGGUUCGUCAGUUCUAUGCUGGAGUUUCUCAACAACUUCCAAACGGCGCAACAAGCGAUUAUAGAGGCGUCGUCGCAAGCGGCGGACGCGGCGCGCGCAAACGUACACACUGCGUACAAAAAUUCCACGAAGCUUGCUUUGCGUGUGCGUCUUGCGGCGCCCAUCAUUAUAGUGCCGGAGAACUCCAAGAGCAAUAACGCCAUGCUGAUCGACUUGGGUCGAAUGAAUCUCAACAAUAAAUUCACCGAUUUGGCUGUUGCUGAUGCCAGCAACACGGUAACAGUCGAUGAAUUGUUACUAGAAUUGGAGAACAUGAAAGUUUCGUGCGUGGUCCUAUCUGACGAUCUACACGACAUAGCUCAAGAGAGGAAUCUGUUAAAGCCGACAAGUUUCAAACUCUUGGUUAAAAGAAGUCUAUCGUCUUGGUACGAGGCGUUACCAGAUUUAGAUGUGUCCGGACGGAUGAAGACAAUUGCUAUAACUGUAGGUCAUAGCGACUAUAAAAGUAUAAUGAAAAUUCUUAACCAAAAUCUUCAAGAGGGACAGAAAAAGGUUGAGGAGAUCAAACCACAGCCGGCCACUGCUAAAGUAUCGAAAGUAACGGUCAAAACUCAACCGUCGAGAGUUCAGACUAAGGCGUCUUUAACUCCAGCGACUCCUACGGAUACUAAGCCGAGGACGACCAUAAAGUUUGCAUUCACUAUGGACAGCUUUGUUAUAAAUCUCAUGAACAACGUCGUGGCUGAAGGCAGCGAGCAGGCGCGUGACGUGGACCUGGCUCGUUUCUGCCUCGCGCUGCUGUCGGUGAAGGGGCGCAUGUUCGCGGACGGCUCGCUGCACACCGCGCUGCUGCUGCUCGACUGCACGCUCGACGACACGCGGCCCGCGCGCGGCGACAAGAUCACCAGAUAUUUGGAGAGACGACGCGAGCCAAAUGACUCCAAAUCAGAUUUAUCUCUAAUGGAAUCGUCUAUGGAUAAAGUGAGGAGUAUGAUAGACAUCACCUACACUAUGAAAAACUCAGAUACGUUCAUUGAUAUGAGAAUAUUCAGUUUCAAUUUGAUCCUCGCUAUGGAUUUCCUAAACAAGAUAGCGGAGUUUGCGACGACAGGUCUAGCUGCAGACCCACAAAAUGAGGAAAGUGAUGAAAGUGAGGACGUCAAAGUAAUUAAACCUAUCGAGAAAUCAUUGGAUACAGCAGCUAAAAAGAAAGUAUCUAUUGCAUCCGCCCCCUCUGCCAUGGAUCAGCCACAGAAAGUGUCAAUGAUGACUAUCAACAUCAAGAUAGAGCAGCCAGACAUCAUAUUGGUCGAGUCGCUCGAACAUAAGGACUGUGACGCUCUUGUGCUUAAUAUGGAGAUGCGUCUAAAAAUGCGUCGCACGGAGGAGCGUCUAGUGAUGGACGGCGGGGUCUCCGGGCUACAGAUGUUGGUACGCACGCGCGCGGCGCCGCGCACGUUGCUCGCGCCUGCAGACCUUGCGCUAUUGGUCUCGCAACAGACGGGCGAGGGCAUGCACGUUGACAUCGCUAUCACUGAUAUCAAGAUCACUGUGUCGCCAGAUACGAUAGCGCUGCUGAGUCGCGUUCUAGCGACCGUCACAAGUCGCGAAGAAGACAACGCCGAAAAGGAGAACAAACCAAUAAUAUACAGCAAUCUUUGGGAGAUACAGCCAUUCAAACCAAGCUCUUAUUGGUUCUUGAAGACGGAGGAAGCACAAGAAGCGAUAGAUGCUGAGGACAUACCUGUCGCUAAACCGCCUACAGGCGAAGUGUGCAUGCUAUCAUCCCCGGCCAUACUACUGGCUCUUGAAAUCGAUAUCGGUAAUGAAACCAUACCCGUGUUGGUUAUGCAGGCAUCGCUAGAAGCACAGGCCAAGGACUGGAGCUCUGAAUUCUACAUGGAGUCGACGUGGGCUAUGCAAGUGUCGUACUACAACAUCGGGCGCGCGAUGUGGGAGCCGCUAGUCGAGCCGGUGGAGGUACUCAAAGACUUGCAGUAUAAACACGUGCCUUGGGAACUAAAGAUGGAGGUGGUGAUGCGUUCUAACACGGACAGUCAGCUGUCCAUAGACACGACGGACGAGGCGGCCAACAUACAGAACAUUGUCACUCGCCAACCCAACAAGACCGUGACCAUAUCCAGCAGUGAGCCGCUUGAGCUCACUGUUACGAGGAGCGGUAUUGAUGUGCUAACACAACUGGGUAACUCCUUUGCGGCUGCGGCGGCUGUGACAGACGCGUCUGCGUCGAAAUUAAAAAUUGAAGACAUGUCCGAAAAGAAGUAUGUGGGUGCACCGUACGUCCUGCACAAUUGUACCGGACUGACGGCCAAGCUGAUGUUGGAAAACAAUAAAGAUUUCUCCGUCUUCCCCACUGAAGAAUACACCUCGUCGGAAUACCUGGAAGUAGUUUUGGGGCCGGGUGCUUGUGUCCCUCUGCAAUUGAAACAUGGCGCAAAGAAAUUGAUGAAACUCAACGAACCUCCGCCACCGCUGAAAUUGAAUGUUAAGAUGGAGACGGACGAUCUGGUAAUACCUGUGGAGCGUGCGGACAAGCGGUUCUUCACGCUGCGACGCGGCGGCGGCGCGGCGGACGCGCGCGGACUUAUAUCCGACGUCGUGAUGCAGGAUGCUGCGCUGCAUGUGUAUUUACGGAGUGUAGUUCAGGUGAUGAACACGCUGUCCGUUAACGUAUCCGUAUACUACAUGACGCCGAGCGGCAAUGAAGUUAAGCUGAUGGGUGAAGUGAAGCCGGGCGGCACGCUGCGGCUGCCGCUGCAGGCGGUGCACACGCCCACUGCAGAGAUAUUCUUCUCUGUAGAAGGUUUUACGGUGUCAGUUCAACCAUUUAUCUGGAAAGAAUUGCAACAGGAGGUGAAACUGAGCAAGCUCCUACAGUGCGACUCCAAAGAUAAAAAGAGUGGAGAGAAAUUCUAUUUGAAGGCUGUGGGCAGCAUGGAGCAGGUGUUCUUCGAGAACUCGACGCGUCACACGUUCGCGUCGUCGUGCUACGACGUGGUGUUGCGGCCGGCGGUCCGCCUACAGAACUGCCUGCCCGUGCCCGUGCGCGUCUCCCAGCUGAACCAGCAGCGCACGCAGACCCUGCAGCCCGGCGAGAUGCUGCCCCUGCCGCACCUCUCCCCGCACCACGCCACCGUCGUCCUCAUGAUCGAGAACUACCUGGAUAAGUGUUGGGUGUGCACCAAGGCAUUGCCAACCGAGGACACGGAGCUGUCUGUAUGGUCGUUCGAGUCCCACGACAGUCCCGCACUGAUGACGCUAGAGCUGGGCAUGCACAGCGCUGCUGUCGACGGCACGCAGCUGCUGUCGCUCUACUGUCCCUUCUGGAUGCUCAAUAAGACAGGCUUCACGCUGUGUUACCGGAUAAAAGAAUUUCGUUGCAGUAAAUUUUUUAGACGUCACACUCCAUGUUUGAGCGACAUGAAUGUAGAUGAAUCCAGCAACGUGAUAUUCCACCCGAAAGACUAUAAGGAUCCCAUACUGUUUUCGUUCCGAGCCAAGAACUUCUUUGGUAAGAAGAAGGCGGCAAUUCGUGUGGAGUUUGGAGAAUGGUCGGACAAGUUUUCUCUGGAUGUGCCCGGAAGUUCUGGAGUGGUGACUUGCAGGAACGAGGGCAGGACUUACCAGGUGGCAGUGACGAAUCAGCUGACGUUCAACAGCUUGACCAAGAUGGUGAUAUUCACGCCCUUCUUCCUCAUCAUCAACGAGUGCCCGUUCGCCAUCCAAUACCAGGAGUUGCAUCGCUCUGCUGACCCGUGGAGAGAGGUGGAACAGAACACGAGCGCCCCCCUGUGGCCGAUGGUAGAGAAGGAGGACAAGCUGCUGCUGCUGCGCGUUGCCGGCUCCACCGAGCACGCCGCGCCCUUCCUCUACACCGAGCAGCACAGCGUCUGCCUCAAGCUGAACAACCAGUACGGUGGCUUACACGUUGAGACUCAGCUCAGCGAGGGCGGGACGUACGUCACCGUGCGGCAGUACCGCCCCGGCCACGCCCCUGCGCUCAUCGUCAACUGCACGCCGCACACGAUCACGUUAUAUGAGAAGGAGAACGUCAAUGUCAAGAAUUUAGCACCGAUGAAUCGCAUGUUGUUCACGUGGGACAACCCCGCGGGGCCACGAAUUCUCAUUAUGGAGGGCCACAAGAAAAAGGAGUAUGAAAACGAUCUACGCAAGGACGGCAUGGGGGAAUUUGUAAUAUCGCAGCAAGUGCACGUGUGGUGGGUGUCGUUCCUGGACGGCUUACAGCGCGUGUUGUUGCUGACCGAGGACGCCCUGCUGGCGAGCGGCGCGCACACGGUGGGCGAGGCGGAGUGCGUCGACACGGAGCUCGUGCUCGCCAUGCACGGCCUCGGCCUGUCCCUCGUCGACGACGUCCAGCACCAGGAGAUACUGUACAUGUCGAUAUCCAGCUCUGGAAUUAUAUGGGAGCAGUGUAAAAUGGGUAGUCGCCGAUACAAAAAGAUAGAUGGAGCAAAACGUUUGGAACUUGAGGAGGCGUACCAAAAGUAUAUCACUGAAAAAAUGGUGAAAGAGGAUGUUUCGCCCGUCGUCGCACUCACUGACAAAACAGAGGUGAACUUCGACGAGAUGCGCAUCCUGCGUCCGUCCGGUCGUCUCCUGCGGCGCACGGCGGAAGCGGGGCUUUGGGCGUCGCUCGGACUCACCGCCCACUCACGUCGCAUUCACGCGCGACUACAUAGACUACAGAUAGACCAGCAACUGCCGCUGCCGACCUUCCCCGUGGUGCUCGCGCCUGUGCCGCCGCCGCGCUCGCUCGCCGCUGCCGACCCCAGCGGCAUAAAGCCGUUCAUCGAGCUGUCUAUAGUCGAGCGUAUGAUGGAGCACAGCAAGGUCCGCCAGUACAAGUACUACAAGCUGCUAGUCCAGGAGUUCCACGUGAAGGUCGACAUGGGCUUCAUUAAUGCCAUACUUGACAUGUUCCCCCAGAAACAACUCACAGAGCAGGAGGCGCUGGACGCGUUCCAACAAGACUUGGAGAAAGCCGGGCAACCUCUGGAGGCGCUCGCGGCCAUUGGCGCAGCGUCCGAUCUUAAAAACUUCUACGAUGACCUACAUUUGUCGCCGCUAAAGGUGCACGUGUCAUUCUCGCUGGGCGGAGCGACGCAGCUGCCGUCGUUCAUCGGCACCGUGCUGCAGAGUAUAGGCGUCACGCUGACCGACAUGAACGACGUCGUGUUCAAGCUGUCAUACUACGAGAGGAAGUACGAGUUCUUGUCUCAGAAGGAGCUAAUCAGCCAAGUGAGCAGCCACUACACGGGGCAGGCUCUGAAGCAGUUAUACGUGUUGGUUCUCGGGCUGGACGUGAUCGGCAACCCGUACGGCCUGGUCAUAGGCUUGAAGAAAGGCGUCGAAGAUCUGUUCUACGAGCCGAUUCAGGGCGCGAUCCAAGGUCCGGGCGAGUUCGCGGAGGGUCUGAUGCUGGGCGUGCGCUCGCUGGUGGGGCACACGGUGGGCGGGGCGGCGGGUGCCGUGUCGCGCAUCACCGGCGCCAUGGGACACGGCCUGGCCGCGCUCUCCUUCGACAAGGAAUACCAGCGGCGGCGACGUGACAACAUCAACAAACCGCCCGCCAACUUACAAGAAGGUCUAGCGCGCAGUGGAAAGGGUCUCGUUAUGGGUGUAGUAGACGGCGUGACCGGCGUGUUCACUAAGCCGAUAGAGGGCGCCAGGGACGAGGGAGUUGAAGGGUUCUUUAAGGGUCUCGGCAUGGGCGCCGUAGGGCUAUUCGCGCGCCCCACCGCUGGAGUAGUGGACUUCGCCUCGGGCUCCUUUGAUGCCGUUAAGAGGGCUGCGGACUUAUCUGAGGAGGUGACGAAGCGCCGUGCGGCGCGCUACCUGCAGCCCGACUCCGGAGUAAGACCCUACUCGAGGUCACAGGCCGAGGGAUACAAACUGCUCUCUGAACUGGAAAAGGGCAAGUUCGUGUCGACGGACACGUACGAGGCGCACGUGUGGACGGUGGCGGGGCGCGAGGCGGCGCUGUGCACGGACAAACGGCUGCUCUACCUCGAGCGGAACACGGUCUUCGGCGGGUGGCAGAUCGUGUGGUCAUACCUGUGGUCGGAGCUGCCGGACGUGCCGACGGCGACGGCGAAGGGGGUGUACGUGCCGACCGCCAAGCGGAAAGUCCUCGGCAUGUUCCCGAGCUCGGCGGCCGGCAAACUCAUACUGCUCUACGACGAGCCGCAGCGGAGGUACCUACUGGCACAGUGCCAGCGUCUCAUAGCCCAGGCCCGUUGACGCCGGGACGUAGAAAGCGGUCCCGAGCACGGUCCCUUUCUACAGUUACACACCCGCGGUCCUACGGGACUUCUACGCUUCCCACAGUUCGAUACCGGCGGUCCUACGGGUCUUCUACGCGUCCUACAGUUCGACACCCGCGCCGCGUUCCACGCACUCGCCUAUUAUCUGAAUUUACACCAUCUUAACUUAGGUUUUCACUGAAUGUCUAGGUUCCCAACUCAGGGAGAUUUAAUGAUUUCACUAUGCUAAAGAUUGACAUGCACCAUACGUUUAAUUAAACUUACCCUUAAUGUAAUCAUUAAAUGUCUCUGAGUGCGUUAAAUGCCUUUCGAUCCUUCGCGACCGCGACCCGUGACAAUAUCUCCUCUAUGAAUAAGUGAAAACUACCCCAUCAUUGGCAGGCAUCCUACUGUUGGCACCGCAGAAUUUUGUUUGCAAAUCCUAUUGCCAUUGAAAAGUUUUUAAGAGGCUGUUUCACCACUUACUGAUAAGUGCCGGAUAGCAUAGGCUAUCCACAACUUAUUUGACAGGUACUGCAUCCUCUAUCUGUCAGAUAAGUUGUGGAUAGCGUAUCCCGCACUUAUCAGGAAGUGGUGAAACAGGCCUUGAGUAUUGUGAACGCUGGGGCCAAUAAUAGCGUGUUCGUUAUAUGGGGCAUUAAACUAUUAUAUCGGCAUGCGUCGCGCGUGCUGCAUAGUACCUUAAUACGCUAACUUAUGAUAGUUAUUUGUGAAAUUUGUUUUUUAUUUUUUACGGUUAUUUAAUACCGGCGAAAAUAUACUACUUUAUAAUACUCGAAGUCAAGUAUGGCUGCUGUAAAAUAUGUAAUGAUUAAAGUUACGUUAAAACGUUUCGCCCAAUCUAUAUUUCAGUUUAUAAUUUUAAAAAAAACUCCACAGCCGAACAUAUAACCUCCUCCUUUUUGGAAGUCGGUUAAAAACUACAUUACUACCGACUAUUCCACCAUUACUGGCUUGCUAAUAAAUAGCAUAUUAGUCGCUGAAUUUGAAAAACGAGUAAUAUGUGCCUAUAGAACUACUCUGUGUCCUAAAGAGUGUAUUUUUCACGAUUAUUUUCUGACUUUACAAUUUUCAUAAUGCGAAACGUUUUAAUAACUAACUGACGCACUCAGAGACGAACAUUUAAAUGUAAUUAAUUAAA